AAUUGUCUGGUUGUUAAAUUGUUAUAUAUCGUUGUUUGACGUCACGAACAAAAAUUUUUCUUGUCUAUUUCUUAAAUGAUCAUCAUCAUCAGAAAAUUGUAAACGAAUAUCCAUUAGUAAAGUACGGAAUGAUCGUCAAUACUUGAAAAGUUCAUGGUCAUACACAAUGAUAUCAGGAUGAUUUCCAGUGCUGCACUGUUGCAUUUGUUGUUGAUAAGAGAAUGUCGCCAUUUGAUAAUAAUAAAACUAUAUAGUUACUAUAUAUAUAUAUAUAGUACAUGAGUACAUGAUGAUAAAUGUGUCGAAAAUGUUGUCAAGUGGAAAACAAAAGUUACUAAUAAAAUUAUUAUUUAUUUGUUUCUUAUUUCAUCAAUCGAUUUUAGCCAUGAAUUUGACCGUAGAACCUAUUUUAACCACCGAUGUUUCUGAUCUUGGUGAAGGACCACAUUGGAAUGAUCAAAAUCAACAAUUAUACUAUGUGGAUGCAUUCGCUGGUUAUGUUCAUCGAUAUUGUCCCCGAUUGAAUUUGGAUGUCAAAAUUAAUCUUGGAGAUUUGGUUACCAUUAUCAUUCCAAUCGCUAAUGAUACAAAUCAUUUUCUAAUAAGUUUACGAAAUAAAAUUAUCAAAUUCAAUUGGAUUCGUGAAACAUUUGAUGUCAUAGCUGAAUGUGCUGCCGAACAUAAUGGAAAAGAACGUUUCAAUGAUGGUAAAAUUGACGCCGCUGGCCGACUUUGGAUUGGUACCGUUUUAGAAGGACCAGAUGGUGUAAUUAAAUCUGGUGGAUCACUAUAUCGAUUUAAUGUGGACAAUCUAAAAUUCAUUAAAAUGACCGAAAAUUUUACCAUUUCCAAUGGAAUGGCUUGGAAUCAUAAUAAUACUUUAAUGUAUUUCAAUGAUUCAGAAGAUAGAAAAAUUUGGCUUUUUGAUUUUGAUCUCCAUAAAGGAACAAUAAAUAAUCGUCGAAUAUUUUUAGAUCUUGAUAAACAUUCAAAUUCAUUCAAAUCAGAUGAAUAUCCUGAUGGUAUGACAAUCGAUUCAGAUGAUUAUAUAUGGACAUCAAUGUAUAAUGGUGGCCGUAUAGUACGAAUCGAUCCACAAACUCGACAAGUGAUGAUGUCGAUUUCAAUUCCAGCUCUUCGUACUACAUCAUUAACAUUUGGUGGUGAAAAUUUGAAUGAAAUUUUCGUGACAACCGGUGCUGAUACAAAUGAACAGGAAAAAUAUCCAAUGGCGGGUAAAAUUUUCAAAAUAAAAUUUAAAAACAAUAAUGAACAGAUAAAUGGUAAAAAAGCAUUUCAAUUUAAAUUUUAAUUCA